CAAAUAUCACAACAGUGUGUUUGUACGGCCUCUUUCUUUUUAGUUCUUCUUCCUCUCUUUUGAGUUGUGGUAAAAGAGAGAAAAUGGAAAAAGAGAUGAGGAAGAAAGAAGAUGAGACGGCGGAGAAGGAAGUGACAACGACAACGACUGAUACGCUAGUCGUCGACGGAGAAGACGACGAGUAUACGCCUGAUGAAAUCAUGAGUCUCGUUGAGUCAUCUUCACCGACAAUGACGACGACGGAGAUCGAAGGAACCAACAUUCCCGGAGAGGGCAGUUUCAGAGUGAGGUUCAUCGACGAUCCUUACGCGAUCCCGGUGGUUGUUCAGUCAUCUUCCGGUUACAUCACGAUCAACGUCAACGAAGAGAGCUGUGGACCUUCGUUUUCGGACAGUGACGCUUCCGCCAUGGCGAGCGUAGACGCCAGUGGUCUAUUCGGUUGCUGUUUCGAAUACGGCGGCGCGUGGAGCACAAACGAGGAGAGAGCGAGUGAGUGUGAGUGGAACGACGAUUUGCUGGCGAGGUUUCUAGGCGAAUGAAGACUGUGUUUGACCGGUUUGUCGUAUUUUGGGAAAAAGCAAAGCUAUUUGGGGGUAGUUUGGUCAUUUCCGGGAGGGUAAUUAUGGGGGAAAAGGUGGAAAUGAUUUACACGUUUGUUGUUAAUAAUAGUAGUAAAUAUGGUAGUAGAAGAAUAGGCCUAGUUAGUAGUUAAGUGGUUUAAUGUGACCAUUUUAGUAAUUCAGUACUAAAUGCUCCUAGGGUUCAUGGGCUAUUUUGUAAAUACGGAAACUAUUAACCCUCGUGAAAGUAAGAAUGCUUUAUUUACAGAUCAA